UGGUGUUUCUUGUAAACUUUUUUUUUUUUUAUGUUUGACCAUCUUAUGUCUUGAAAAAAAUAGGCCAACAUGGCAGCAGCUUAUCGUGUAGUUGUAAGCAGUGUCAGCUGCUACAACAGUGUGGUGGUGGACCGACGUGCUCAUUCCCAAGCUGUGCACUACUGUGCAGGGCCAUGUGGGGCGCAGUCCCAAGGUUUAGACUGUAGCAUUGCACACCGUGGCACAUGCUCUGAGCUCCUUGUUGCCCCUGAUCCUACGUAUAAUGACUUCAGCAGCUCGCCUGUACACCACCACAACGUGAUCUCUCAACACCUUCCUAAUAGUAAACUUUGUGUUUCUAUGGAUACUAUUCAUAACGGAGGCCUGGAGAGGGCGGACAGUAGUGGCAAUUUGUCUUUAGGAGAGGAUAGCCCCACAUGGCGGGGUAAAAAGACCUCCAGUGGCGGAGGAUCUAUUGGGAACCUGAGCUGCUCUGGCAGCCUGAAGGACAUUACUGAAGAGGCUAUUAACCUGGCCAGUGGCAAGCUCAAAGAGUUUUCUUUUGACAAGCUCCGCCUGUCCUCCUCUGGCCAUGUUACUCUCCGCAAAGGUCGCAAAGUGCGUCCUGACUCUUUUAGUCGUCGCUCAACUGACCUGGAGAUCAUCUAUGGCCACUUCAGCUCCAGUCUUACAACAAGCACAACAACUAAUAGCAUGACGAAUGGCAUUGUUACUUCUAAUGAUGAGAACGUGCCACCAUUUGUGUCAGGGAAAGUAAAUGGAGCGGAGGAAGCAAAGCUAAAGGGGAGCUCUGGUGCUCUUUCUGUCACCACAAAAGUGGGUGGUGGCUCAACAAGCAGUCUUUCAAGUAUUGGAUCAUUGGACCAGAGUCUGAACACUGUGGCCUCCCUGUACCGCACCACCCUCGGAGAGGAGAACCUAAUUGCCCGAUUACUAGAGAAGACCAGGGCUGAGGCUGGAAGUGGGGGAGCCGGUGGUGAGGACAUCCGUGCCUGCCUUGACAUCUUGCUUAAAUGUUCUGAAGACUUAAAGAAAUGCACUGACAUCAUCAAACAAUGCAUAAGACGCAAAGCAGGUGGUGGGCCAGAGGAUGGAGGAACAAAUCCUGACAGCAUUUAUCGAGCUGUAAUGACCCGACUUAGCUCCUAUCUCAAGAGACUUCCUUUGGAGUUGGAAGGGGUUGGAAGUUUGGGGGGAGCGGGUCAGGGGAGUCAAGGAGCACCUGGAAGUGGACACAGUGAUCUCGCUGAAUUGAUCAACACUAUUCACUCUAUUCAACAGGGACCCUUUUCUCCAAUCUUUGGCAAUGAGCAACCUCCUCGCUAUGAAGACGUGGUGCAAUCACCUCCCAUCUCCAAGACUUUUUUACACUCCACAUCUUCCGCUCCUUCCUCAGUCUCACCUUCAUCCACAUUAACAAAAUCAGAUUCCAGCCAUACCAAAUCAGUCCGGACUUCAGUCUCGCCAAACGGUACCUCGCUUAGUAAUGGACUACAGCCCACACAUCCUUCUUUGACCACCCUACACACUCUUUCUCCUCCACCUGUAACAUGUACACCUUCUAAUUCAUCACCAAUACAGUCUCCCUCCCCUCUUCGAAACUCUCCGUCAUAUACGCACACUCCCCCGACAUCGCCCAUGGAAACUCUUUAUAUUGAGGAGGAGGAUGCGGAUGUUGGAAAGGCUACAGAUCAUAUCUCACAGCUGACACACACUCCAACCAAAGGGAUAACCAAUACCCACAACAAAAAUGGAACUAUCAUGGGACAACAACUGCACCUAUCCCAAUCUAACACAGUUAAUAACUCUGCAAAUCAUUUCCCAGGCCCCUCUGGCUACAUUCCCACUUGGCCUUCCUCUGCCUCUUCAACAGUUUUAACACCCAAAGCUACUUCACAUCGAAAUGAUGACAUUGAUAAGCUACUGAUGGACUUAGAAAAUCUCUCUCAGAGUAUGAGCCAUCCUAGAACCACAGAGCCCCCACUUCCAGCUAAGACCAGAAAAAGAGUGGGGGCACAAGGGAUUGUCUCAAAUGAGUCUUUUACUGAAGCCAGAAUGGCUCAGUACCAAGUACAAAAACCGGCAGGCCACCUUGGCAUGAAUGGCGUUAACUCUAGGCUGACCCAGAGUCCCACUCCUCCUCAGGGAGUCAACAGUGAAACUGGGGCUGAAGAUGAAGAGGAUGGGGCACUUUUGUUGAGGAUUCUGGAGAGCAUCGAAAGUUUUGCCCAGGAGCUGGUUGAUUCUGGAGCUGGGAGUACAGGUAGUGCUGAGAGAAAAGUUGGAAAGGAGAAGGAGGUGAUGAGGCUUCUGCAGGACACACUGGUCACUGCUGGUAGAGCUGAUACCCCAGACAGCACAACCCCACCAGCAGUUUCCACUGCAUCCCCCAUGCACACGGUCGUAGUCAAACCGCUGGUUUCAAACCACACUCAGGAAUAUGCACCCACAGCUUUACCUGAACCACCAUUCAUAAGUGCAGUGUCUGAAGCUGAGAGUGAUGCUACAGCUGAAUCUGAGGCUAAACCUACAUCAGAUGCCACUCAAGAACUUUUGCCUAAGCCCAUGCCAGAUGAAACUACUAAAGCUCCUUCAACUGAAGUUCAUUCAGAAUCUCCUCCUGCCUCUGGAGCUUAUACACAUGCUGACACCCCACAUGUAGAGGAACUUGCACCCACGGUGACUCUGGAAGCACCAUCUCCUGUUACCAUAUCAGUCACUGAAGAUGUCAUCAUUGCUGGUGGUGAACCUUCGGAGUUAAGAGAUGCUGGCUCAACCCUCCUCAUCCAACAGACUCCAGAGAUCAUCAGACUCCAGCCUAAACCAGAAAAGAAACCAGGAACACCUCCUCCAGCACCGCCCACCGCCGCAGCCUCUCCACCCCCCACGCCGCGCUCGCCAAGCCCUCCUCCGGCCCCGGUGAUCAUCGCACCCCCCCCUCCUGCUGUUAACAUUCCCAGGUUCUACUACCCCCGUGGGCUCCCUGCCCUGGGCUUGGCUGCCAACCACGACGCAACCAUCGCUGCAAUAGAGACGGCCUUUGCCGAGUUCGAGGAGGAGAAGGCUGACAUUUAUGAAAUGGGCAAAAUUGCAAAGGUGUGUGGGUGUCCGCUAUACUGGAAGGCUCCCAUGUUCUACGCUGCAGGUGGUGAGAGGACGGGCUUUGUUUCAGUUCACUCAUUUGUUGCAACAUGGAGGAAGUUGUUGCACAGUUGUCAUGAUGAUUCAUCGAGGUUUAUUUACCUGUUAGCUAAACCUGGGUUUAACCAUUUGGAACAGGAAGACUUCAUUCCUCUACUCCAGGACAUUGUGGACACACACCCUGGGCUCACGUUUUUGAAGGAUGCACCUGAAUUCCACUCACGCUACAUAACUACGGUGAUCCAGCGGAUAUUCUAUGUGGUGAACCGCUCCUGGACGGGCCGCGUCACCAUGACGGAGCUGCGCAGGAGCAACUUCCUGCAGACCCUGGCCCUCCUGGAAGAAGAGGACGACAUCAACCAGAUCACUGACUACUUCUCCUACGAACACUUCUACGUCAUCUACUGCAAGUUCUGGGAGCUGGACACCGACCACGAUCUCUACAUCGAUCCCAAGGACCUGGCAAGAUACAACGAGCACACAUCCUCAAACAGAAUCAUCGACAGGUUGUUUUCCGGCGCUGUUACCCGGGGUAACGCCGUGCAGAGAGAAGGCAGGAUGAGCUACGCUGAGUUUGUCUGGUUCCUCUUAUCUGAGGAAGACAAGAAAAACCCGACCAGCAUAGAGUACUGGUUCCGCUGCAUGGACGUCGAUGGCGACGGCGUCCUGUCCAUGUUUGAGUUGGAAUACUUUUAUGAAGAGCAGUGUGAGAGGAUGGAGAGGAUGGGCAUCGAACCUCUGCCCUUCCAGGAUUUGCUCUGCCAGAUGCUUGACUUGGUCAAGCCUGAGAAUCCAGGUAAAAUAACCCUGAGUGACCUGAAGCGCUGCCGGAUGGCCCACAUAUUCUUUGACACCUUCUUUAAUCUGGAGAAAUACCUGGACCACGAGCAGAGAGAUCCGUUUGCAGUGCAAAAGGACUUUGACAGUGAAGGUCCAGAGCCAUCUGACUGGGAUAAAUAUGCUGCAGAAGAGUAUGAGAUACUGGUAGCGGAGGAGACUGCGAAUGAACAGCUUCAUGAAGGGACAUUCGAUGAUGACUAUGAAUGUGAGGAACUUCAUGUACCGGGAGAGAUUGGGAAUAAAAUGGAGAAACUGGUCAUAUCCGACCUGUCAGCAUAAACCUCCUUACAUGGAAUCGCUGGGCUCCUGGGUGUGGGUGACACACAGGAUCCAGGGGGGGGAAAAGGACAUCCUGCCAGGCUCAUUCAACACUGCGCGGCUGCCGGUGACUCUCAUCAGGAUGGAGUUUUUGAGUGUGUUUGUGUGCGUACACUUCUAUUUUGUGGUGUGUAUGUGAUGCAGUUAUGCAUUCACACACAUAGACAAUACCGCCGCGCUGCUCUUCGAUCCGUUUGAGAAGAAGACGGACAGUGAGGGUGGAGGGAAAAAAAAAAACUGCUUGAUAAGCUCAUGGGAGGAUGGGAGAAAACUACUUAAAUGUAAAAAAAAAACAACAAUACUUUCUUUGUGAAUUCUUUACUGACAAUCACGCUAAAAGACAAUCUUUUUUCUUCUUCUUUUUUUUUUUAAAGAUUUUAAUGUUGCUAUGCCAAAGGUAGACUGACACAGAGGGACUUCUAGCUGAGAGCUCUUUAAAGUUAUUAAAGCCACUGCCACCGAGGUUCUGCCGUUCUCUCCUCCCUGCGACGUACACACAGACCCCGGCCCUCAGGAACAUGCUGUUUGUGCAGCUUGUCACUGCAUUUCUGGUAAAGGAAGUUGUUAAUACCCAAGUCCCCUCAGGGAGGGGUCGUGUAACAGUUUGGGGGCAUUCACAUCAGCACCUCCUCUCUGAGGCCACUAUGCGCUACUGCAUGCAUGUCCUUCUGAUGGUCGGUGCUGCCCUUUCACCGGGAGUCCCCCCCCCCCCCCGUUUGAAGUCGUGGACUGCAGCGUUCAAGCCCUGCGUUUGAGAUGACGUCGAGGAAAAGGACGCACAUGAAAAAGGAAGCAUGCUGCCAGUCAUGUCAAACUCUCUGGUAGGGUUGUCCAAACAUUUCCACAUGUAACCUCUGUGAUAAUGCAAACAGUGUUUUAUUUUAGGAUCUGCGUGUUCCUCCCUCCUGCUGGUCUCAUUCAGCUUCCUUUCUUUAUUUUUACACUUUUUUUUUUUAUCUCUACUAUGCUAGAUCUAACGAGCAAAAAAACAACGAAGGUCUCCCGUCGUCGCGGACAGGCACGGCCCUGCUUUAGUUGGUGUUAAAAUGGGUUGAAGGGUAAAAUAAACGAAGGAUUUUUUUUUUUAUCCAUCCACCAUGUUGAACAGCUGUCCGUUUGUUAAACAUAUUUCAUCCAGAUGGUGUAAGUUACAUAGAUAGAAAACAUCAAUGUGCAUCGUCACUGUUCCACACACAUAAAAUGAGUCGCAUUAUGAAGCCUCAUAUUAACACGCUGCAGUUGCAAUUAUGAGGUUAGUUCAUUCUAAACAUUCAGUCCUUUUUAGACAUUUCUGCCUAGAUCUUAUUACAUUAGAAGCCUACACUCGUUUGUUAGUGUCUUUUCCCUUAUAGACAUACACACAAUGUUUCACAGCUUUUCUGACACCUUCUCCCAAUAACUCAAACUUCAUUAUACUGAUGUUUUUUUUGUUUUAGAAUUUUUAAUUUUCUUUUUAAAGGGAUAGUUUAGGAUUUUUGAAGUGCGCUUUUAUAGAGUUUAUAUGCAGCUAAAGUAAUGUCAGCAACUUUCCUGGGGUCAUCAUUUAGUAAAUAUCGAGAUUAGUUGAAACUGGACGCUGAAGCUGUUGGCUAGUCUGAGACAGAACAACACCAACUUGGAUUUAGAGGAUCUAAAACAAGUUUAGUGCCAAAGGCUAUGUAACAGGUGACAUGUUGGCUAUUUUCUUACUGAAUGAAGCACAGUUUGGGAGCUAAACUUGUUAGGGCUUUUCUGGUCAAAGUAACUGCCUGGUAUAAAAGUAAACCAUUAAGUGGGGCAGGGGUGUGGCAAGCAAAGCCCUCCCCAUCACGUGCACAGCCAAUGAUCCCAGUUUGAUGUAGGUUCAUCUUUAGUCUCCCUUCCCUACAGCACUUCACGGAAAGUUCAAACUCAGUUCAUGUCGCAGCAGCAUGAAUAAAUAUUUUGGGGGGGGGGGGGUGAAAUUAUUUACUACAUUUAUUGUUCAUUAGUGGCACUAAUCAGUACCUGUGAUUAUAAAUAAUUCUUCAAUCUAAGACCACAGCAUUCCGCUUUGGUCUUAGCCCUUCUUGGACUAGCCAGUACCUUUGGCCUCAGAGACCAACUAAUCCAUAUUUAUACUAAAUGACGACGAUAUUGCCUCCUUAAAAAUUUCAAGCUAUUCCUUUAAAUGGCAGGAUUUACUAUGCUGCGCUCACAGGGACAAGUGCCUGUGUCUACCCGAGCUGGCAGCUUGUGUUGGCUUAGACAUCGCUUAGGGGAGUGUGUUUUAGGAAUGCUUGUUUGGUGUUGUCAUUAAGGCUGUGCUGAAUAGGUUUACACUGCACAGGUUUUAAAUUCCUUAAUUAGGAACAGAUCUGGUCUUGUUGCCUCAGAUUAACUGCUACAUGUGUCCUCUUGUUGUACACAGUCUAUAUUGAUAGGGUUGUAAAGAUUUACAGCAUCUACCUUAAACUCUGUAAUUCUGCUUUAUACCAAUUGUAAGUCUGUCUUCUGUAUCAAACUGUACUUUAACAGCUGUUAUAAUAUAAGCCAUUAUGCCCUUCGAGCUAUGAUAAACCUGAUUAUUUUAUGACGUGUCAUGAUUUGUAUUGUUGUGCCACUGUGUGGCUUGGGAGGGGGGGGUAAAUUAUGGUAGAUGUGUGUUUGUUAGUGUGCUAGAUUUGUGGAUUUUUAUCACUAGAAGUAGAUGAAAUCCUCCUUUUUCCCAUUCUGACAACCACACAAACGGAAACCUUUAAAGCGUUAACUCUCAGACGCAUACUCACUCUCUGUAUCUAAAAAGAAGUGAGUCGUUUUACUUAACUUUGCUGUUCUAUGCAAUGUGCCCCGGUGCUUAAAUGUAACCAAUCACAAAACGAGAGAAGCCAUGCAGGAUUUUAGCAUUAUGUCUCUGUAGAGAGAGAUGCAGGAAGGACUUUUAUUGUGAUAUUCUUCCUAUUGUACAGAGAAGACACGAGGAGGAUGUUCAUUGUUGUAAAUUGUGUUGGCAUGGUUUUGUUCCUCCUUGCUUUGUUAUUUGCUGACUUUCUUUCCCUUUUCUUAUGCUGUCUCUAUCUGAAAUUUAAGGUUAAUACAUUUUCAAUAAAGCUGCGCCAUUAUUCCUUCUUGUA